AUGGAACUUAACUGUAUGAUGACCGAGAUCGACGCGAUCGAAUCCGAGUCCACCAAGAACACACAUCGAUCGGGAAAUCUGACGGAGGUGUUCGACGUCUCUUACAUGAUACGUGGAAAGCUGCUUGAAGGACUAUCCUCUGUACUCCUCACAUCCCAUACCUGUACAGACUUCGAUAUCAAACACCAAUUGUCUACUGCGAAGGGUAUGGUCAACGCCGAUCGAAUGCGUCAAUUGUUAGAACAGGCAGAAGACAGCCACCGACACUUCUCGAUUGAGUUUCCUACCUGGGCGCUUACGGCUGCAUCUCCAUUGUUCAAGCAGUGUCAUGAGGCGCAGCCAGGGUUAAGCGCGAUCCCGGUUAAACUAGGUAAUCUCCUGCCCGGCUACGUUAUGUGCGUCUUGGACUGGUAUGGGCACGCCUUGCAGAACAAGCACUGGAACGAUUUCCUCCCAGAAAGUCCCUCUGUCGAUGGUCACGACAAAUGGUACUGGGUGUACUGCUAUGCGGCGAUGCGCGUGCUCGGUUUGAACGACUUUGCAGCACAACUUCAGAUGUUCAUCGAGAGCAUUAUUGAUGAUCUUGCCACAAACAUCAGCAACUAUGCGCAUCUACUUAACACUCUGAGGGCAGACGACCCGAUCAUGUUUCAGCUGGCUUGGUACACUGUUAUGAAUUUGCAACAGCCGUCACCACAUCUCACCCAAUUAGACUGCGAGACACUGGCAGAACACUUCCCACAGUUCGCAGGUCUGGUCAACACGAUUCUCCAAGCGCACUGA